AUGACAACUGCUCUGUCACACAGAUUUGGACGACAAGAGCUCUCCUAUGGAAGACAGCCACAUCUUCUAGGCAGCUGUGAGUGUUGCAUAACAUUUUUCUUCGAAGCCUACCGCCUCCACAAGGCGUGCUAUCUGCAACGCAGUCCAUUUUCGAGUAAACGUCACUUCGAUCAAUACACUCAUUUGCAAAUCAAUUUGGUUUUCACCAGAGAUUUAACUGAAUCUCUCGUUUAUGAUAUUCUACAACUGAAUGUGCUGCACACAGGCCGCUUCAUGUUUCAGUAG